CCUCCCCGUCAGCAGCCCUCGCCGCCGCGGUGCGCUGGCUGCAGGAAGCCGCCGCGCCGCCGCUUUGUUGUCAGGGGCCCCGCGAGGAGCGCCGUUCGCCACCGCCGCCCUCUCUCCCCCCAGCCCGCUCUCCGGCCGCGGGGCCCGGGUCCGGGCGCCCCGCCCGUCCCGCCCAUGAGGGGGCCCCGCGACCACCGCUGCCUCCGGCCCGGGGCGGCGCGGCGCUGAGGCGGCGGCGGCGCUGCCCGCUCUGCGGGAUCGGGUGCCCUCCCGGCGGCGCUGCCCGCUCUGCGGGAUCGGGUGCCCUCCGCGAGGGCACCAUGGAGGUGAAUGCGGGAGGUGUGAUUGCCUAUAUCAGUUCUUCCAGCUCAGCCUCUAGCCCUGCCUCUUGUCACAGUGAGGGCUCUGAGAACAGUUUCCAGUCCUCCUCCUCCUCUGUCCCAUCUUCUCCAACUAGCACUAAUUCUGAUAACAACGGGAAUCCCAAAAAUGGUGAUCUCUCCAAUAUUGAAGGCAUUCUGAAGAAUGAUCGGAUAGAUUGUUCUAUGAAAACAAGCAAAUCUAGCGCACCUGGGAUGACAAAGAAUCACAGUGCAGUGACAAAAUUUAGUGGCAUGGUUCUACUGUGUAAAGUCUGUGGGGAUGUGGCGUCAGGAUUCCACUAUGGAGUUCAUGCUUGUGAAGGCUGUAAGGGUUUUUUCCGGAGAAGCAUUCAGCAAAACAUUCAGUACAAGAAGUGCCUGAAGAAUGAAAACUGCUCUAUAAUGAGAAUGAAUAGGAACAGAUGUCAGCAGUGUCGUUUCAAAAAGUGUCUGUCUGUUGGAAUGUCGAGAGAUGCUGUUCGGUUUGGUCGUAUUCCUAAGCGUGAAAAACAGAGGAUGCUAAUUGAGAUGCAGAGUGCGAUGAAGACCAUGAUGAACAGCCAGUUCAGUGGUCAUCUACAGAAUGACCAAUUAGUAGAGCAUCAUGAACAGACAGCUUUACCAGCCCAGGAACAGCUGCGACCCAAGCCCCAGCUGGAGCAAGAAAACAUCAAAAGCUCUUCUCCCUCUUCGGAUUUUGCAAAGGAAGAAGUGAUUGGCAUGGUAACCAGAGCGCACAAGGAUACCUUUAUGUAUAAUCAGGAGCAGGGAGAAAACUCGGCAGAGACCAUGCAGCCACAGAGAGAACGGAUUCCUAAGAACAUGGAGCAAUAUAAUUUGAAUCAUGACCGUUGUGGCAGUGGGCUUAGCAGCCACUUUCCUUGUAGUGAGAGCCAGCAGCACCUCGGUGGACAGUACAAAGGGAGGAACGUAAUGCAUUACGCCAACGGGCGUGCCAUUUGUAUUACAAAUGGACAUUGUGUGAACUUCUCCAAUGCAUAUACUCAGAGAGUAUGUGAUAGAGUUUCCAUAGACGGAUGUUCUCAGAAUGAGAACAAGAAUAGUUACCUGUGCAACGCUGGAGGGAGAAUGCAUCUGGUUUGUCCAAUGAAUAAGUCUCCAUAUGUGGAUCCUCAUAAAUCGGGACAUGAAAUCUGGGAAGAAUUUUCGAUGAGCUUCACCCCGGCAGUGAAGGAAGUGGUGGAGUUUGCAAAGCGUAUUCCCGGGUUCAGAGAUCUCUCUCAACAUGACCAGGUCAACCUUUUAAAGGCUGGGACUUUCGAGGUUUUAAUGGUACGGUUUGCAUCAUUAUUUGACGCAAAGGAACGUACUGUCACCUUUUUAAGUGGAAAGAAGUAUAGUGUGGAUGAUUUACACUCAAUGGGAGCAGGGGAUCUGCUAAACUCUAUGUUUGAAUUUAGUGAGAAGCUAAAUGCCCUCCAACUUAGUGAUGAAGAGAUGAGUCUGUUUACAGCAGUUGUCCUGGUUUCUGCAGAUCGAUCCGGGAUAGAAAACGUCAACUCUGUGGAGGCUUUGCAGGAAACGCUCAUCCGCGCCCUAAGGACCUUAAUAAUGAAAAACCAUCCAAACGAGGCCUCUAUUUUUACAAAACUUCUUCUAAAGUUGCCAGAUCUUCGAUCUUUAAACAACAUGCACUCCGAGGAGCUCUUGGCCUUUAAAGUUCACCCCUAAGGCCUUUGUUUAUUUAAACAUGAACUGAUUCAUGCUAACUGUAUAUUUUGUGCUGAAAUGCUUAUUUACGUGUGUACCAUACGUGGAGGUAGGAGAGACCUCUAAGACAACGUGAGACUGCAGGCCGCCUCUGUGACCAGGCAGCAGCUGUUUGUUUGAGAUUUCUUCAGCCAUGCUUAGACAUUGACCGCAAUUCCCCGGUAGAGCAGUCAGCGGUGUUGCACUUAAACUGGAGAAGUUACACUGAAUUAUAGUCACACUGAAUGUUAGACUUUUUCAUCUGCCAAAACCAAAAACCAUUUUGAUCUCCCUGUGGUACAAAUAUAAUGCACAAUCACAAGUAUAUGAGGACUUAAAAAUUAAUCCUUUGUGGUGGAAGUUCUCUUGUAAGAUGGAAACUUGAUUUCACCCCAAGACUGUUUGAUCUGGUGUUUGGAGACUUUGCAAGUUAGGAAACCUCCUUGUCUGUGCUCCACUCUGCCACCGUGAAAGUGCGUGGUCCUGGACAGGCUCGCUGGUUGUGGAAAAUGAGACUUGAUCGUGUUCCCAAUGCCCCACCUCACAGAGAU